AUGUGUGGAUUCUUAGCUAGCUGCCCCUGCCCUCGAUUAAUCCAAGACGAGUCCAGCAAUGGCGACACGAAUGGAGACGGCAGUCACAACGUGCAGAACCUGAAGGGUGCAAAUGAGCCAUGGACGCGAGAUGAGCUGAGGAGGCGACUCCAGGACGGCAUCGAUGCCAUCAGGCACCGCGGACCGGACGGGUCAGGCGUAUGGGUCAGCGAGGAUGAUCAGGUCGGCCUUGCCCACUGUCGGCUGUCCAUCAACGAUCUGUCUCCAAACGGAUCACAGCCACUGCACAGCGAUGACGGGCAAAUCCAUGCCGUCGUAAACGGCGAAAUAUACGAUCAGGACCGCCUGCGAACGGACUGCACCCAGCAUCACGGGUACAGAUUCUCGAGUGCAAGCGACAGCGAGCUUGUCAUCGCGCUCUACAAGAUACACGGGGCGCCCGGCCUCUUCGAGCACCUCCGUGGCGAAUUCGCAUUCGUUCUCUUUGACGAUCGAGAUGGCUGCCGAAGAAUGAUUGGCGGCCGAGACCGUUUUGGCAUCAAGCCGUUGGUGUACACCAUACUCGGCAACCGGGUUCUCCUUGCAGCCGAGGCGAAGGCGUUCCUGGCCAUGGGCUGGCAGCCCGAAUGGGAUGUUCGCGGCAUCUCGGAUUGCGGCUGGCUCGUAGAUGACAGCACCAUCUUCAAGAAUGUAAAGAAGCUAAUGCCCGGCCACUGGAUGACGGUGACGGAGGAACGGGGCGUUGAGAUUCACAAGUACUGGGAUGCCGAGUACCCAGACAAGACAAAGGCAGAUAGCCGCUCCGUGGAAGAAAUGGUGCUCGGGGUUCGGGAACGGCUCGUCGAGUCGAUUCGCCUCCGGUUGCGAGCCGACGUGCCGGUCGGCGUGUAUCUGUCCGGCGGGAUCGACUCCUCCGCCGUGGCCGGCAUCGUGACGGAGCUCUCGCGCAAGGAGCAUGUCAGGCUGGGAUCGGAAGCGGUGACAAAGGUCUCUUGCUUCAGCAUCCAGUUCGGAGAAGAGUCGGGAUACGACGAGACGGCGAUUGCGCAGCGUACGGCGGAAUGGCUGGGGGUCGAGAGCUACAAGCUCAAGGUGACGGAGGAGAUGCUGGCUGCCUCCUUUGCCGAUGCUUCGUUCCACUUUGAGCACCAUCACUUUGACCUCAACGCCGUCGCCAAGUUUGCCCUGUCCGACUUUACGCAGCAGCACGGCGUCAAGGUGGUGCUGACGGGAGAAGGGUCCGACGAGCACUUUUGCGGCUAUCCCAGCUUCGCGGCCGAAUACCUCCGGGAAGCCGACCUCGCCGUGCCGGAUUCCGUGCUGGCCCGGGACGCCGCGUUGCGCGACAGCCUGUGCGAAGCCGCCCACGUCGAGACGCAUGCUGUGUGGCGCUCGCAAGCCGAGUCGGAGACGGCCGGCCUCGGCGAUGCCCGGGGAAGUUCGAUGCCCGACGGCCUCCUGGCCUGGCAGCCGGCCAAGGAGGUGUACGCGAGGUGGGUUCGCGACCAGCACGGCGGCGAGUGGGACAGCCGAAGAACGCUCGUGGCGGCGCAUUCGGAGGAGGUCCGCGAGAAGAUGCGGAGCCGGUGGCACGCCGGCCACUCGGCCAUGUAUCUGUGGAACAAGUCGAUCAUGAUUAACGUCAUCCUCGCCUGCCUCGGCGACCGGACCGAGAUGGCCCACAGCAUCGAGGGACGGACGCCAUUCCUCGACCACGAACUCGUCGAGUACGUCAACGGCCUGCCGCCCAGCGUCAAGCUCCGGUACACGCCGCCCCGGGACGAGGAAGCCGGCGGCUCGGCCCUGUCGUCGCUCAGCGAGAAGUGGAUCUUGCGGGAAGCGGCGCGGCCGUACAUUACCGACGAGCUGUACGGGCGCAAGAAGGUCACCUUUUGGGCACCGACGAAGUGGCCCAAGAACGGGCCGCUGCACGGAAUGUUCAAGAAGCUGCUGACGCGCUCGGCCGUCGAGGGGCUCGGCUUCGUCGACUGGGCCGUCAUCGAAGCCGCGUUGGACGCUUCCUUUGGCGAUGACGCCGACGCCGCUUCCUUUCGCGUCCUCUGCUACACGGGCGGCUGGGUCACGAUCUCGCAGAGAUUCGACGUCAAGAAGGCGACCAUAGGGUCGUCGGCGUGGGCGUGA